AUGAAGCUUAUUUUCGGAUCUAUGAACAUCGGCGAGCCAGGUGAUGGCCGGACUCGCGUCCACACCCUGGAAGAAGCUAAAGAGAUGGUCGAUCUGUUUAAAAGCUACGGUCAUGUCGACAUCGAUACAGCUCGCAUCUACGGUGACGGGUCCUCUGAAACAUUCUUGGGCAACUUGAAGUUGACCGAUAUGAACCUUGACACCAAACUGUUUCCCUCAGCAGCCAACCCAAAAAUGGCCUUGGUGGCAGCUCCAUACCAUCACAAUGCCAAUGAUCUACGUCUUGGCUUGAUGCGAAGUCUAGAAGCCCUCAAAGUUCCCAAGGUCCACAUAUGGUACCUCCACAGCCCGGACCGGACAGUUCCUUUCGAAGAAACUCUCUGCGAAGUCAACAAGCUGUACCAGGAAGGGUAUUUUGAGAAACUGGGAAUCAGUAACUAUCAAUCCUGGGAAGUAGCCAGACUGUGUGAAAUAUCCGAGAGAAAUGGUUGGAUCAAACCCAGCGUUUGUCAAGGAAUAUACAAUGCCUUCCACCGAGCUGUCGAGCCAGAGCUGUUGUCGUGCCUUCGACACUACGGUAUUGCAUUCUACUGCUUCAACCCGCUGGCUGCGGGUAUGUUGACCAGUCGUUAUUCUCGCGACAAGCCUGAAGCUACAGCUGGGGGAAGGUUUGACCCGAACACUGGUCCUGGAGCCCUCACUCGUCGGCGAUACUAUCAAGAGGCGGAUUUCGAUGCGCUUGAGAUUAUUAGACCGGUUGCGCAAAAACACGGUCUCACCGAGAUCGAGUGUGCCCUAAGGUGGCUAUCUCAUCACUCACAGCUAAAUGAGGAAAAUGGAGAUGGUGUUGUUAUCGGAUCUAGUAGUCCUAAGCAGUUGAGAGAGAAUAUGGAUGCCAUGAAAGGGGGUCCUCUUCCACAGGAGGUUGUCGAAGCUUUAAACCAGGGAUGGGAAGUCAUUCGUGGAAAAGAGCUUCUCUACUGGCAUUGA